GCAAAGUGCGCGUGCAGUAUGUGAUGUAUUUACUCCAAAAUUUUGGGAUAAUAUGGCCAAAGAAUCUGGAGAUAGAAAGAACGACAAGAAACGUGGGGAAGUGAAGAUUAAAGAUAAAAGGAAAGAAAAAGAACUUCCUCCAACGAAGGUCAUCAUACGUCGAUUACCACCAUCAUUUACUGAAGAAACUUUCAAAGAAGCAUUGGAAUAUUUACCACACAACAAUUACUUCCAUUUUGUAAAAGCUGAUAGAAGCCUUGGGCCGAAUGCAUUCUCCAGAGUAUACAUCAAUAUUGUAAAACAGGAAGAUAUCAUUGCAUUCAGAGACAAGUAUGACGGAUACAUUUUUAAUGACACCAAAGGUGAAGAAUUCCCAGCAGUCGUGGAACUUGCUCCUUACCAGAAGAUACCAAAGAAAGCAUUGAAGAAACCUGAUGUAAAGUCAGGAUCCAUUGAGGAUGAUCCUGACUAUGUUAAAUUUUUGGAGUCUCUGAAUGCUGAAGUGGAACCCUUACCAAGUGCAGAAUCAUACCUUGAAGAGAUUGAAGCCAAAGAACGUGAAUUGGAAGCUGCAGGUCCACAGAAAAAGACAACACCUCUUAUUGAAUAUAUCAGGAAUAGAAAGUUGGAAAGAGAGCGUGCUAGGGAGGAACGUAGAGAAGAAAGGAAGCGAAAAGAGAGGGAGAGGAUUCGACAGCGAGAAGAGGAGCGGCGGAGGAAGAGAGAAGAGGAAAGGAAAAAGAGGAGAGAAGAAGAACGAAAAAAGAAAGAGGAGGAGAAGAAGAAAAGGGAAGAGAGAAAGAAACGAGAAGCUGCUGAGAAGGAAAAAGAUGGUGAGAAAGAAAAGGAGAGUAAACUUGAUGAAAAGAAAGAUGAGGAAGAUCUUCAGGUUAAGCUGCUGAAAAAUACUGAAACCAAUGAUGACGCUGACAAGCUAAAUGAUACUGAGAAUAAAGGUGACCUUGAAGACAAGAAACAAGAAGAAGUCAAAUCAAAGGAUGAUGCCAAAGCAGAUGUCAAGGUUAAAGAUGAUUCAAAGGAAGUCAAGGCUGAAACUGUUGUAAAAGAUGUGAAAACAAAAGAUGAUGUGAAAGGCAAAAAGGAAUAUUCAAAGACAACUGAGAAGAAAACAGAUGAAAGAACCAAAUCAGGAAGAGACAGACGAGAUGACAGGGAUCGACGUGAUGAGCGAGACAGAAGAUACGACAAGCGUGAUGACAAACGGUCAAGUUACGGUGAUAGAUAUAGAGAUCAAAGGAACAACAGGCGAGAUGAUAGAUAUGACAGAGAUAGUAAAAGAGAUGAUAAACAUAGCAGCCUAAAAGACUCUAAAACUGAAAUAAAAGAGAAAGAUAGUGGAAGAAAAGAUCAUGAUAAGCUGGAUGGCAAAGACAGAGGAAUGUUGAAAGGAGAUUACAGAGGAGAUUAUGGAAAACCAAAAUCAUAUGAAAGAGACAGACGGGGUGAGAGAAAGAGUUACAGAUACAGUGACACAAGGAGUGAGAGAACUAAGAGCAGAAAUGAUGACCGAGGCAAUGACAGGUCUAAAAAUAAUUACAGUGAUAGAGACAAGGAAGAUAAAACAAGAAAAGAUGAGAAAAUGAGCAACAAGAAGGAUGACUCAAAGAAAGCAGCUGUUGGUGCUGAUGAUGACAGAUCAAAAGAUAGUUCUGGAUCCAGUCAAGAUCGGGACAGGGAUCGGGAUAGAUACAGUGAGAGAGAGAGUACUAAACAGAAACAGAGAAUAAGAAACAAGGACCGACCAGCCAUGCAACUGUACCAACCGGGAUUACGAUUUUCAAGAACUAACAGCAAGGAGAAAGACUCUGACAGAGACAAGGAGAAAGAUAAGGAAACUGACAAAUUUAAAGACACCAAAUCACAAGAUGAGAAACCCCAAACAAUAGUCAGUGAAAAAGAAUAGACUACAAUGUGAACUCAGAGCAUUAUAAAAUAUUAAUAGGGUAUUUAUUAUGAAGAUUAUGUUCUACAAAAGGGAAUAUGUAUUGAUUAAAUUUUUGUGCAUUGAAAUAAAAAAAGUCGAACUGAUUGCAUCUUAUUACUUAUUAAGCUCUACAGUUACCGUAGUAUAACAUACCACCCCAGUCCCCAGUGGCAUGCCAAGUUGACAGGGACUGAAUUAAGGUAUGGUUUUUCACAACAAAAAAACACAAUAAACAGAACAAAAGGUGCUUUAAAUUGAAUAUUUUUAAGUUAGCACUGUUAAUUUAAAUGAGUCA